CACCAAGGUGUCACCGUCUCACCUUAUGUUUGUAAGUUUGUAAAAUCUGAGAUUGUAGCAAGAUUGUAGCUAAGAUCAGGUUUUUGUAAACACAUACUGUAACUUUAUUGUUUUAAAAAAUUAACUUCUGUGCACGGUUUAAUUCGUUCUUUAGUGUUUUAGUUACGUUAUCCAAAUUCUGUAAGCAAACAUAUUUCUAGGCAUAUAUUUUCACAAUUUUUUACCUUGUAUUAGAAAAAUGACGGAGCUUCAGCCGCUUGAACAAUCUGUUGAAGAACGAACAAAAUCAAUACUUGAUGGAUUUCAAAUCAAUUAUAUGAAUCUACGAGAUGUGGACAGUGGUAAAGUUCUGUGGCAGCACAAUGAAGACAUGUCAAACCCGGAUGUGGAACAUGAGGCUCGAGUGCCGAAACGUAUUCUCAAGUGUAGAGUUGUGUCUCGGGAGAUGAACUUCAGCUCGGUAGAAUCAAUGGACAAAUUUCGUUUGGAACAGAAAAUAUUAUUCAAAGGAAGAUGUUUAGAGGAAUGGUUCUUCGAGUUUGGCUACGUGAUCCCUAAUUCUACCAACACCUGGCAGUCUAUCAUAGAGUCGGCACCCGAGUCACAGAUGAUGCCAGCUAAUGUGUUAAAUGGAAAUGUCGUAAUUGAAACGAAAUUCUUCGACGGAGAUAUUUUGAUAACGAAGUCACGAGUUCGACUGUUUUACGUUUAAUCUCAGUUAAAUGAUAAGCAUUUAUUUUAUAUAGUGAUUUAAUGUUUUAAUACAUGCAUUUAACGGGCACAA